AUGGUGAGAGAUGAAGACAUUUCUGAAUUUGUGGCUCUGACGAAUUGUCCAAGACAAAUUGCGCGAAAGUUCCUUGCCAACAACCACGGAGCCCUUGAUUAUGCGCUAAAUGAUUUUUAUGAUACCUGCCAUGGUAGCUACUGCACAGAAACUCGACAGGUGUCCAACAAGCUGCUGAAUCUGCUCGAAAGAUACACGAGCACUGACGGCCAUGGUGGUAUCUUGACGGACGGCUUGAUCCAGUUUGUGAGUGACCUUGGCCUCGAGCUCGAAGAUCCGCUUACCCUUUGUUUGGCUCACACCAUGGAUUGCACUAGCUUUCACGAACCAAUUUCUGGUGAUCAGUUCAUCGAGAGUUGGAGCAUACAGACCUGCGAAACUCUCGAAGAUAUAAGGAAUAGGUUAGAGGAUCAGGAGAAGAAACUGAAAUUUGACGUCGAAUAUUUGGAGACUAUUUACCAGUAUGCAUUCGGCCUCAUUGUGGAUCCAGGGCAAAAGUCAGUAAGUAUCGAAACGGCUCAGGAGUAUUGGAACAUUUUCUUCGAUAACGAAGGCCAAGGAAAGAAAAAAUACGCAAUCAACCCUUCCAAGGAUAUUUUAAGCAAGUGGUUUUCAUAUCUAAAAGCUUGUGGCUGUCAGUCAAUCAACCGUGACGUAUGGCAAAUGUUUUUUAAGUUUGUCAAAAAGUAUCCAACUACUCAGACUCUUAAGGAAUCCUACAGUGAGCUAGAUGCCUGGCCUCUAGUGAUAGAUGAAUUUUACGAAUACUUAGAGGGACAAAGUGUCUUUUAG